AUGACGCUGUGUCUUAACCGUCUUCAAGAGGAAAGGAAACAAUGGCGCCGCGAUCAUCCUUUUGGCUUCUUUGCAAGGCCUGUUCGGCAUGCAAAUGGUGUGGUUGACCUCAAGAACUGGGAAGUUGGAAUACCAGGGAAGGAAAAGACCAUCUGGGAAGGAGGGCUGUUCAAGUUGACUCUCGCCUUUCCCGACGAAUACCCUACGAAGCCACCAAAGUGCAAAUUUGUCCCCCCUCUCUUCCACCCGAACGUAUAUCCCUCGGGCACGGUGUGUCUCUCGAUCCUGAACGAAGAGGAGGGUUGGAAGCCAGCAAUCACCAUCAAGCAAAUUCUUUUGGGCAUCCAAGACCUGUUAAACGAUCCCAAUCCCGACUCGCCAGCGCAGGCUGAUGCAUACAAUCUCUACAAAAAGGAUCGGCCCGCAUACGAGAAGAAAGUCAAGAGCAUUGUCAAGGACAACCCCGCACCUUGA